AGUUAACGAAAUUGUAUAACGAUUAACUGAUAACAGUGCGGUGCGGCAUGGCUGCACGAAAGAAAGAAGAAUCGACGAAACAACGUUAUCAAGCGAAUGCACGCGAGAGGGACCGCACUCAUAGGAGUGCAAACAGCUACAAGACUCAAGAAUUCCAAUCUUCACUGUGCAGUGUGAACACGGCUUUCAGUGCCUUGAGAACAUUAAUACCGACGGAACCAGUGGAUAGGAAAUUAUCGAAAAUAGAGACUUUGAGAUUAGCCAGCAGUUAUAUCAACCACUUGGGUGCCGUUCUCGUUGCUGGCCCUAUAGAUCAACCAUGUUCACGUGUUGAGGACAACAGUGUUUACUGGACCAAUCAUUGGACUGAUUUACAAACAAGACCCCAAGUUUGUACUUUCUGCCUUACCAUGCAUAAAAAAUACAGCUUAAAUAGCGCUUCUGAAGUAAUUUCGGAUUAUCAAAUUCCUGAGAGAUCGUUAUAUGAUAUUCCUACGAGUUCGGCGAUGUACUUAAACUUGAACAACGUGUAAAGGCUAUGUUAUAUAAAAUAAUUUUCCUGUACA